AAACGGAAAAAGGGGGGCGGGGGCGGUGAGGGGUGUAGCGGCUUGCCGCGAAAGAAAGAAUCACGAAGGCAGUCUGUCUGUACGCCUGCAUCUCAGAGAAGUGGUAGGGAGAGUCGCCUAUCUUGCUCUGCAUGUCACAGAUGCCGCCGCUCUUGGUUGCCGGGUUGCUGGUUGAGUCGUGAAGGGAAAGUGAUAUAUAUUGGCCCUGUACAUGGCUUUCAAGUGUCGAACGCACUCCCUCGUUUCUCCUGUCCUUCAAACCUCACCUCAUCACCCCAUCAUCUCAUCACCUUACAGCACUCCUACCCUCACUACGCACCGCCGACAACCCCUUGACAAAAAAGAUAGAACGCAAUGGGUCCCGCUGGAGUAGAUCUCAGUCUCGGUUGCAUCUUUAUCGGCGUUGUUCUCAACGUCUGGCUCUACGGCUUCUCAUGCGUCCAGGUUUACAUCUACUUCCUCCGUUUCAAGGCAGACAAGGCUUGGCUUCGUUCGUUUGUCGCCCUUCUCUUUCUCCUCGACACCCUCAACACCGUGCUCGACCUUCAUUUCCUCUAUGACUACCUCAUCAGCCACUUUGGCAUGCUCGAGUACUCUGCUUUUGCAAACUCGACCUUUGCCGCCGACCCUUUUCUCGUCUCGGCCAUCGGCCUCAUGACCCAACUCUUCUUUGCCUGGCGUGUCUACCGCCUCACCCCAGGUCGCUGGGCAUGGGUCGUCCCGACGAUCAUCGCCCUGACGGGAAUAAUGAGCAUCAGCGGCGCCACCUGGACGACAAUCGAGGUGACGAAAGUGAAAGAAUUCGCCAAAUUCCAAUCUUUCCAGGUCGCUGUCAUCCUUUGGCUUGCUGGCGCUGCCAUCUCCGACACGAUCGUCACGACGUCGCUCAUCCUGACACUGAAGCGCUCAAAGACUGGUUUCAGCCAAACCGACGACGUCAUCACCAGGCUGAUUCGCGCCACGCUCCAAACUGGUGUGCUGACGGCGUCCUUUGCCAUCAUCGACUUAAUCCUCUUCCUCGCCAGCACCACCACGCUCCACCUCAUCUUCAACCUGCCCUUGUCAAAGCUCUAUGUCAACUCGCUCCUCGCGACGCUCAACGCCCGCGCCUUUGCCACCAACAACGGCACUGCGCGCUACCUCUCAUCGGCCUCGAGCGGCAACAAUCACAACAGCACGAAGAACACGCGCCACAAUAGCCACUACUACCUCCGACAGGCUGAAGACGGACAAGCUCAGCGAGGCUUGCAGACCAAGGAGAGCUUCAACACGGCCGACGAGAGGAGGUCCAGCGACCGCCACCGUCUUGCUGGCACCAAUGGUCAGCCUGUGUUCCACAGCGAUGUGGAAUCCAAUGCCGGUAAGAAGGUCCGAACGACCAAGAACUUCUUCGCCUCCAAGAUCGGCGUCGGCGCAUUCAAAGGAAAUCGAAAGGAGGAAAUCGAGAUGCCUCACCACCGCGACCAGCAGACCACGUCGGCCGACAAUGGCAUCCACGUCCUCACAAUUCACGAUCGCUUCGAGGAGGACGACCCCUACACUACUCCGCCCCCUUCGGCAAAGGAGGCAGGUCAGACAACCAGCCGCCCUACCAAUGGCCCCAGCCAGCCCAGCAGUACGUCGGUCAGCAGCGCGGGAAAGGCAGCACACCAAGACGAUGACGAGGAGAUGAUGGUGCACGCCUUGGCGCGUGGCACCGAUACACCGGCCUUGGAGGCGCCGCGCGAACAGACGCUCACCUCGCAGAGUUCGAACCGCACCGAUGAAAGCCUGCCCAUGCACCGCUCGGGACCCAGCGUCGUCUCACCAGCGAGGAGGCUGAGCAUGGCCAUCGAGCAGGGCAAUCCGCCGCCACACCCUUACACCAGCGGUUUCUAGUCAUGUCCGUCACUGCGCCCGUUCUUCUCAGUCGUCUUUGCGCCUUCUUGUCAUGCUGCUUUGUAUAUCUUCCUGUUUUCUUUCUUCCAUCCUGAAGUCCUCAGUCUUACUGUGACUCGUAUCACCAUUUGCCAUGUACACGGAAAGCACCAAGAGAGUUAUGUGAUCAUUAGACGUUGCUUCGUCUACAACUUCUCGGCCAUACACUACAGCCAAUCACAUUACUUGAUCAGCUUACAG